UAUUUCGAGUUAUUAUCAUCAUCCUUAUCGUCUUCCAUUAAAUUAUUCUUUUUAGCUAAAAUAAAAACCUUAUCCCUUCUCUCUCUCUCUCUCUCUCUCUCUCUCUCUCUCUCUCUCUCUUCUGCCAUUGCUAUUCCUACGAUUCUCUGAGUCUGCGAUUUGAGGAUCCGACCCAAAAGACAGAAACAAACCCAGAAGCAAAAGCAACGUGAUUUCCGACCAAACCGGUAAGAAAGUUUCUUGAUUUUUUUUUGUGAUCUGGAGAGAUACGGCGAUGGAGGUGAUGGCGGGAGGACCAACGUUCUCAAUCGAAGACUCGGAAUACGGAAGCGAUCUGACGGCAACGAUGAGAGACAAGGCUUCCUCCUCCUCUUCCUCUUUUGAUACGGUGAACGAUGACGGAGGCGGUUUGAGUCGUGUCGGAAGCGGAAUCUGGUCGGGACAGACGGCGGAUUAUUCGUCGGAAAGUUCAUCGAUCGGAACUCCGGGAGACAGUGAGGAGGAAGAGGAAGAAAGCGACGACGACGACGAUUCAUCUAAAGAACUAGGGCUUCGAGGAUUGGCUUCAAUGAGCUCUCUCGAAGAUUCCCUCCCCAACAAAAGAGGGCUAUCGAAUCACUACAAAGGGAAAUCAAAAUCGUUUGGGAAUUUAGGAGAGAUAGGGAGUGUGAAAGAAGUACCGAAGCAAGAGAAUCCGUUGAACAAAAGAAGAAGGUUACAGAUCUGCAACAAGUUGGCAAGAAGAUCGUUCUACUCAUGGCAAAACCCUAAAUCUAUGCCUCUUUUGCCUGUAAACGAAGAUGAAGAUGAUGAUGAAGAUGAUGAUGAUGAAGAGGAAGGAGACGAUGGAGAUCUGAGCGAUGAAGAGCGAGUUGUUAUUGCAAGGAACUCAUCGUUCAAGAACAGAGCAUUCAAGUCUAGGAGUUGUUUUGCUCUAUCAGAUCUGCAGGAAGAAGAAGAUGAGUGAUUUAAUCAAUAAUGCAAAUCAUGAUUUUUCUUUGUUCAUAGUUUUUUUUUUCUUUAUCGAAAAUAUAAUUUUAAUUUCAUCGAAUUAAUGUUUUUUUUUUUCAAAAAAAAAUUCGGGGAAUUAAUUAUUAUAUUAUGUCGAUGGGAGAAAAGUAAUCAACUACGUUAGUGUUUGCUCCU